UGCUCCUCCGUGGAGCUGCGCUGGAGGAUUUUGGAAGAAGAGACACAGAGAAAGAGGGAAGUGGUGACACCGGUGGACUAUUGACUCCACUGGUGAAGCGUUACGGACAUAUUAGCCUCAUAUCCCCGCUGCUCGGGGACAACAGGCCCCUUGUUCGGAACUGGAGGAUCUACAAAGAAGUUGCAUUGUAAGCCUUGAUGGAUGUUAAGAAGAAGAAGUGAUGACAAGUUUAUCUGAAGUAAUCUGACAGGAUGGCAUCACAGGAGGGGGAGGAGCCUCCUCCUAACGGAGGCCAAUCAGACAGCCGUCUAAAGAGCAAGAAGCCGCCCAGCCUUGUAAUAGCCAUCCCCCCACCUGAAGUGAUGAUGUCCCACAACCCUGCUAAACAGCCGCUUCGACCGUCUCUGAAAAAAAGUGAGGGUGGUCAAGCAGCCGGCUCUGUGUCAGACAGCAUGGGUGGAGCUGCAGAACGAGGGUUCUUGACCAGAGACAGGAGGGCGAAGUUAGGCCGACAAACAUCGCUGUCUCAAAGCAUCCGCAGGAAUACAGCCACGUGGUUUGGCGUAGGGGAAGACUGUGAGACCAAGCAGCAGGUAUGGCACAGGAAGAGCCUGCGCCACUGCAGCCAGCGCUAUGGCAAGCUGAAGGCCCAGUACAGAGAGCCCGACACAGCCACCAGCUUCGACCAGGGCCUCGACUCUCCAGCCACACACAAAAUGCCAAAGAUUGUAGAUCCCCUGGCACGGGGAAGAGCCUUCCGCUGCCCAGAUGAGACUGACAGUCGCUCCCCCAGGACGCCCUACUUUGCUCAGGGUGGUCCCUUCACCCCCGGGGUCACCUCGCUCAGCUCUUUCACCAGCCAGCGGUCCGGGUACAGCCGCUUCCCCAAACGCAAGAGGGAGUCUGUCGCUCGCAUGAGCAUCCGAGCUGCAUCCAACCUGCUGAAGGGUCGUAGUGGUUUGCCAGGCUCCCAGGGAGGUCGCAGUUUCCCCAGGAGGAGCUUUGCCAGGCCCAGCUGGAUGGACGAGGACACCGUGGAUUCUGCAGACGCAUCUGAGUCGCUUUUUUUCAGCAAGGUUGAUGCCCACGAUGAGAUGAUCUCAAUGGCCGAUGAUGUAUUUGAAUCUCCACCCAUGUCGGCAUCUUUCGGUCCCUGUGAGCAGCCUGACCAGAAGUUCCCAAGCCUUAAGGACAUAUCUCGGACGCCCAGGACACCAAUAGCAUUGUCCGAAAAGAGCCACCCUCGUCGUGGGCGUCGCAUCGCAUCGCAAGUCAAGCACUUUGCAUUUGACAAACACAAGCGUCAGUACGGCAUGGGCGUUGUGGGGAAGUGGCUGAACCGGAACUACCGACGCAGCAUCAGCAGCAAUGUCCAGAAGCAGCUGGACGACUUCCACAGUCACAGGCCGUACUUUACCUACUGGAUCACGUUUGUCCAUAUCGUGAUUACACUGCUGGCCUGUGGUACAUAUGGUUUUGCCCCUGUGGGGUUUGCACAACAUUCUACAACUGAUCUGGUGCUGAAGAACAAAGGCAUUUAUGAGAGUGUCAAGUUUAUCGAGCAGGAGAACUUCUGGAUCGGCCCGAGCUCUGAUGACUUGAUUCACCUGGGGGCCAAGUUCUCACCAUGUAUCCGUCAGGACAAACAGAUAGUGAGUCUGAUCCAGAAGGCCAAAGACCUGGAAAGAGAGUCUGGCUGCUGCGUGCAGAAUGACAACUCUGGAUGUGUGCAGACCCACAACUCCGACUGCUCUGAGACGCUGGCCACGUUUAUUAAAUGGAACAAGGAGAAUGUGGACAUCAGCAGGUCCUCGGGUUCUGUCUGUCACCAGGAUCCCAGAGUGUGUGAAGAACCUGCGUCUGCACCGCCUCAUACGUGGCCAGACGAUAUCACCCAGUGGCCGGUGUGUACGUUUCCCAAGAAGUCGAACCACACAGGUUACAGACACAUGGACUGUAACAUAAAGGGACGGCCAUGCUGCAUAGGAACUAAGGGCAGAUGUGAGAUCACCACCAGAGAGUAUUGCACUUUCAUGCACGGUUAUUUCCAUGAAGACGCCACACUCUGCUCACAGGUCAACUGUCUGGACGACGUGUGCGGUUUGCUGCCCUUCCUAAAUCCUGAUGUUCCAGAUCAGUUCUACCGUCUGUGGCUCUCUCUCUUCCUCCAUGCAGGGCUCUUGCACUGCUUGGUGUCGGUGGUUUUCCAGAUGACAAUACUGAGAGACGUGGAGAAGCUGGCAGGUUGGGUUCGCACCUGCAUCAUUUACAUCCUCAGUGGCAUCACUGGAAACCUCGCCUCUGCCCUGUUCCUGCCCUACAGAGCUGAGGUGGGUCCAGCAGGCUCUCAGUUCGGUCUCCUCGCCUGCCUGUUCGUCGAAUUGUUUCAAGGUUGGCAGAUGCUGCAGAAGCCGUGGAAGGCCUUUUACAAGCUGUUGGGUAUUGUCCUCUUUCUCUUCAUGUGCGGCCUCUUGCCGUGGAUCGAUAACAUCGCCCACAUCUUCGGCUUCAUCAGUGGCUUGCUGCUCUCCUUCGCCUUCCUGCCCUAUGUCACCUUCGGGACUUUUGACAUGUACCGGAAACGCAUCCUCAUCGGCGUCUCGAUGCUGGCCUACAUUGGGCUGUUCUCAUCCCUCAUCGUUUGGUUUUACAUUUACCCCAUUAACUGGCACUGGCUGGAGCAUCUCACCUGCCUGCCCUUCACAAGCAAGUUCUGUGAAAAGUACGACAUAGACCAUGACAUUAACGAUGUGGUGCACUAGCCAUUAGCCUCUUGAUGCUGUCUAAUACUGGCCCACUAGUUUCUAGCCAAUAUCCAGGGCAGUUGAUUAUUCUGAACUUGCAAUCAUGUUUUUUACUCUCAUUAAACGACCAGGUCCAAAUCCACGAGAAUGGAAACAGAAUCAGUCUCCUCUUGUCAGCAUGCUGAUGUGCUUACUUCUGUAAAUUGUUUAACCUUAGUCAAGUCUAGCAUUUCAAUUUACUAAUCAGCUUGAAGAUUCCCGGAACCAGACGACAGGAAAAGAUAGGGUGUCAAAGCUGCAUGGAGCUGGGUGGACCAUUAGGAAAAGAUCAACAGGAGGGACAGACUGUCUUUAUCCUGCAUCCAUCUAUCCGUUAUCUUUCAUGUAAGGAUACAUCUAUAGAAAAAACCCAAAGGAAAGAAGAAGACAUGGUCAUCUCAGGUCAGCUUUUCCGUUAAUUCUAUGGACAGCAAGAGAGUUUGAUAAAGGAAGAGUCUUGUCAUAGUUACGUUUUCUGUUUCCCGGUGAAUUGAAAUAAAUCAGUUUCCUUCCUCCAGUGACUCUAGUUAUCAUCACCACAUCAACACAUUUGACAUGGCCUCGGAGGGAGGGAUUGAAUUAGUCCUGUGUGUCUCAAGGAACGGAAACAGCUCAACACUGGAGAACCACAGCACUUUGGCUGGUACGUCUUCAUCACUUCAUACAUGAUCAAUGGGAAGACAAAGACUAUAACACUAUGAAGACCAUCAGUCACUGCUGCUGCCCCUCCUUGUUUGGAACAGAGUCAAAGCUGUUUAGUAAACCGUCUUUUUGUACGUUGGCAUGUCAAUUUUCAAUGGAGUAGUGAAACACGUGCUUCAUAUAACAAGUACUAACUGUUGGGCUGGAAAUAUCAGUGGUCUACUAAGACAGGAUUUUUAUCUAAACCCACUAGUUGCCUUAAACAGACUCUGCCAAUUUAGAGAUGUCUUGUUGUUCUUCAGCAUACAGCUCGUGAUCGGCCUCCUGGAUGAUGACGAACACGUUUCUGACCCGAACCUACCAAAGCUACUUCACAUGCUGCUUGUGUUUGCAUGUUUUUUUGCCACAGUCACUUAGUUUGUUUAUGUACGUCACCAACACCAAGGAAACAUUUUCAGUCUAGCUCUUCUCUAAACGAAGUGGUGCCUCAAGCAUUUUGUAGAUUUAUUCUGAAAAGGUCUGAAAGUAGUAUUUAUUCUAUAGGAGCAGUUACCUAAAUCAGGUGGUGUUUGUUGGAUCAGAGCAAAACUAAGGAUGAAUCGUUUUUGUGUCAUUGGAGCCUGAAUGUUGAAAAUAUGCAAUUAAUUAUGCCAUUUGAAGUUAGUUUGCUAUUGCUCUCUUUGACAAAAACAAUGCAAAGACCAAUUACUUUAAUUAUGUUGUUUCCGCACAACAAUUAUUUCUAUAAACCUCAAACAUUCAGACUUAGCUGUAUGGUUGAUAAUUUGUUCUGAAACACUUUCUACCGUAUUCUGUGAAAUUAAAAUCCUGAUAGCCAUCACUAUAUAAAGUAAAAUGAAAAAGAAGAAAAUAGGCCGAUGUCUGUGGCCCUCACAGGACUGUAAAUAAUACGACCAAUAAUUUUGGUCCAACUCACGGGUGAGUUGGAUUUAGGGGCUGACUCACCCAUAAUCUGGUGAGUUUGUUGGACAAUUUAAAUAUAUUUAACUACUUUUUAACACCACUGUGUUCUGUAAAGGUCAGACUGUUAUAAGCCAUAUGAGUCUGUGCUCAUACAGUAAGUAUGACAAUGAUAUCCACUUCUUCCUGUGCCUUUUGACAUGUGAGCGUGGGAAUGUAAUGUUUGCAACAACUCAUAGCCUCAAUCACAACAGUACUCAGCAGUUACACUACCGUGCCUGUGUCUGCAUUGGGACCAAAUCAUUUCACACCUGCUUCUAUUUUAAUGGAAUAAAAAGGGAAAUUGAAUUGUUAAAUGAAGGGCAUGGUGAAGGUACUGUGUUUUGCUUCAUUUUUUUAUGUGAAAAUCUAUGUGUGCUAAAGCUGUCAUGUCAAAAUAAAAGCCCCCCUGGUAAUGAGGUACGUA